GCCCCUCCCCUCGAGGCCCCGUGAGCCCCGCGGCGUUCCGUAACGGGAGCGCAGGGAGGCGGAGGGGUGCUGGGCCGGAGGGGCAGGCCCGCCGCGCUGGCGAGAUGGCGGCGCAGAAGAUUAACGAGGCGCUCGAGCACAUCGCUAAGGCGGAGAAAUAUCUGAAAACUGGAUUCUUAAAGUGGAAACCAGAUUAUGACAGUGCAGCUACUGAAUAUGGGAAGGCGGCUGUUGCUUUUAAGAAUGCCAAGCAGUUUGACCAGGCAAGGGAAGCCUGUUUACGGGAAGCUGAGGCACAUGAAAACAAUAAAGCUCUCUUCCAUGCUGCCAAAGCUUAUGAACAAGCUGGCAUGAUGUUAAAGGAGAUGCAGAGACUCCCUGAAGCAGUUCAGCUGAUUGAGAAAGCCAGUAUGAUGUACCUGGAAAACGGGACACCAGACACAGCAGCUAUUGCACUGGAACGGGCUGGAAAGUUAAUAGAAAACGUGAGCCCAGAGAAGGCUGUGCAGCUCUAUCAGCAAGCAGCAUCAGUGUUUGAAAAUGAAGAACGUUUGCGGCAAGCAUUAGAAAUGCUAGGGAAGGCAUCAAGACUUCUAGUCAGAGGACGCAGAUUAGAUGAGGCUGCGUUGUCUCUUCAAAAGGAAAAAAGUAUUUAUAAGGAAAUUGAAAAUUACCCAACAUGCUAUAAGAAAACUAUUGCUCAAGUCUUAGUUCAUCUUCACAGAAAUGAUUAUGUUGCUGCAGAAAGAUGUGUGAGGGAAAGCUAUAGUAUACCAGGAUUUAAUGGAAGUGAAGACUGUGCAGCACUAGAGCAACUUUUAGAAGGGUAUGACCAGCAGGAUCAGGAUCAAGUUUCUGAAGUCUGUAAUUUGCCACUCUUCAAAUACAUGGACAAUGAUUAUGCCAAGCUUGGUCUUACCUUGGUGGUCCCAGGAGGUGGAAUCAAGAAGAAAUCGCCCAACGCUGCACAAGACAAAGCAAGAGGACCAGCUGCAGUGGGGUCUCAUGCUGAUGAGGAGGAGGAUGAAUAUUCUGGUGGACUAUGCUAGCUACAGACAUAGUCUUAAAUAUCUGACUUAUUUGUGAUGUUGAGCGUAUCCAAAGGUACCAGAUUUACCAGAGCUUCAUUGCAAUUGUGAUAUGGGAAUGCUAAUAUGAAUUUGGCAGCUUCUGGGUACAAUACAGGAGAAAAAGCAUGAUUGUACCUGUCAUCUUGAAACUUCUUUGGACUUCAUUUCUGACCUGGUAGGAGCUUCCUCAGGGCCCUGCCUUCAGUUGAUGGGAAAGAUUUGAGAGAAAUUUUUACUAAAAGCACAGUUUAAAAGAAACCAAAACCCCAGAAGCACUGGAGCAGGGGAAGUGGUACAAAAUUUUAAAUGCUGGGUUUCAACAGUUGACACUUUUUGGUUCAAGGAAUAUGUUUGUGAUUUGUUUUCUGAGUUAAAUAUACCAUCAUGCAUCUGGCUAUUUAUCUUCUGUUUAACACUGUUUAAGGCAGACUGUGCCAGGGAGGAUUUUUCACUAGUACAAGCACUAGGGGGAGCAUUCAGUUUAUUUUCAACAUGUUUUUACUCCACUGCAGAAUAUUAUUUUAAUACCUUAUUCUUUGCAAGCAGUAUCCAUGUGGGUGUGGAAAAUACUAAGUCAACUAGUUUGAAGCUAUCUUGCAAGCUUAAAAGUAUACACACAUCUUCAUCUCAAGAACUUUAUUGACCUGAAGUCUUUGGAAAUAAAUGUGUGCAUAGUGUUUGUAAUGUACACCUUGGGAAUGGAAGGAGCGGACAAGCUUUCUUAGCGAUGUCUGAAGCAUGCCAUAACAAAAAAAGAAACAGAAGGUAGCAGAUAAUGUGCGUUGAAUAUAAAGCUCUGAAGACAAUGUUUAACAAAAACUUAGGUGGAAUGUUUCAAUAAUAUGUUUGAGUUCAUGAGUGUUCUAGGUGUUUAUUUACUAAUCAAUACACUACAAAGACAUUUUUUUCUUUCAUAUUUUCAAAGCAUAGAACAGCGCUCUCUUACAAACGGCGUUUUUCAAACUAGCUCGGAAUCCAAAGUAACCAAAUUUUAAUGCAUCUUGUCUAUUUUUAUUUGGUUUCGAGUCAUCAUUAGUUUUGCAAGCUUCUGUAGUGUCUUAAAUGUGUUUGACCAUUUUAUACUUAAAUGUUGACAACACUAGAAGUUAUACCUGUGGUCUCUUUCUUCAGAAGAAUCUAAUAAAGAUCUGCACUAGGGUGAGAUCAUUUGGAAUCCAGCAGGGAUUUGUGUGUGAUACGUGAUGCCCAAAGUUCAAUAAAUAAUACACCAAAAGCACAGUGUUAAGAGUUGGUACAGUUUCUGCCAUAUUAAGGAAUUGGAUGUCUUAAAAAAUAUCAAGCAUAUGUCUGACAUAUGUGAUGUCUGACAUCAGUGUGUCAGACAUAAUUGUGAGGAAGGUAAGCUUUUAGAGGGCUAAUACUCACUUUCCUCACGGUGGAUAGCAUUCAAUAGCAUUGUGAUGGGUGCAUGAACUACAGCGUAAUUUGAAGGUAGGGCUGCUGUAAAAGUCAAGCUAUUCAAUUUCAUGGGUGUUCAAAAAACAGUUUAGUCUCUUUGUAUUAUGUAGUAAUAACCUUGCAUUUUAAAGCUAUUUGAGACUACACCUGUAGUUUUUUACUAUCUGACAGGUUAAUUUCCCUUUGUUAAUAAUGAUGUAUAUAGAAGUUUUCUAUAAAAUAGUCUAAACGAAAUUUUAGGAAGUGAGUUGCUUUUCUCUGAGAAUGAUUACAGGUGUACAUGAAAGAUAGUUUUGAAGACUUUCCUGUAACUCAUCCGUUUUCACCAUUGGAGCAACUCACUCCAGUUUACUUAACUUCUGCCCUCUGGAUUUGUUCAUGAAGGUGACCAUGCACUUUUUAUGGAGAGUCUUUAUCACAAGUAGAAAAAAACCCACACAUGUAGGAGCACUGGGAACACUCAGUAGUUUUCUUCAGGCAUUUCCUGCUGCAUCCAAUUCUGAAAUCAGUUUUGUUGAAUGGUCCCAAGGAGUCUACUUUUUUGUGUGUGUGUGAACAAUUGUAUAUAUCUGAGAAGAUGGCAUGUAUAAGAAUAAAAAUUGGGAGCCUUGUGUGCUCUGUGAAAGAACUUGCAGACUUUAUUUAAACUGUGCUUGUAAUGCUAACAGGCCCUUAAAAGAAAAAUUGAAAUUUAUGCAUUGGAUUCUUAAAGCAUAUUUUUCAUAUUGCCAAAAAAAAAAAUAGAUGUGCAAGACUGUCUUCGCACUCCCCCAGCUUUUUGCUUUUUUCCUUGUGCCAAGUGUGGAAAAUCUGGGACAAAAGUAACUUGUACCUAAACAUGUUAAGCUGCCAUUAAAUUGAAAGGGGCUUCUCUGAAUCUUAGGAGUAGAAUUUUAAUCUUUGAUUGCAAUGUUGCUGCAAAGACCAAAUCUGCAGAAAUUGAAGUGUCUGAAAAUAAGAUGGUCUAUUUUAUAUAACUUAUUCUCCUAUUUUAGGCAAUGAAAUUGUGAUAGGAAUGUUAACUGCCUUUUAGUAAAUGUUUAACUAUAGAAGAAGCUGUCUGUAUAUUAUGUGUUAGUGUUUGUGUCUCUUUCAAAGCAAUUUGCACACUUAUUAUGUAAAUAUCAUUUCAGUGAUUUAAAGUGGAAGACACCAUUUACAGCAAGAAAGUUUCCAAACCCAGUGUUGACUGUAAGAAAAAUAAGUUGUGCAUGAAGGCUGAGCGAUGGCCAAUGCAAUGUAUAUGUAAACUCAGAAGAUUUCUAAAUCCUCUGCAACUUAAGAUCCAGUAUGCCCAAGUGCAGUGUGAAACCUGUGCUUUAUUUGUUCUUUUUCCAAAUCUGUGGUGUAUUAGAGUACAAAAUGUGUUUGUAACAGCUCUACAGAUGCUGCUUCUUGAAAGAGGCUGUGUGUUUCACCAACAUAAAAAAUAAAACAUGAAACUAAUGCA